GCGGCCCAUGAAAUCUGUCAGCAGUUUUGACCCGGCGGACUCUGAUCAGAAUCUGUCUUUGACUUCCGACCAAUCGAGUGGCGACGGUGCGAUUCUACGAAGAAGAUGGAGUACAGGAAUAAACUUGUUCUUGCUCCAAUGGUUCGAGUUGGGACAUUACCAUUCAGAUUACUGGCAGCUCAAUAUGGUGCAGACAUUACAUAUGGAGAGGAGAUUAUUGAUCAUAAACUCCUCAAAUGUGAACGCUGCAUAAAUGAUGUUAUUGGUAGCACUGAUAUAGUGGAGAAGGGUACAAAGAAUGUUGUUUUUAGAACCUGUGAGCAAGAAAGGAAUCAGGUGGUAUUUCAAAUGGGCACUUCAGAUGCAGUUAGGGCUUUAAAGGCUGCAGAGUUAGUGUGUAAAGAUGUUGCAGCUAUAGAUGUGAACAUGGGUUGCCCUAAGGCAUUCUCUAUUAGUGGAGGAAUGGGAGCUGCUUUAUUGACUAAACCAGAUCUCAUUCAUGAUAUUUUGACAAUGUUAAAGAGGAAUUUAUGCAUACCAGUAACAUGCAAAAUUCGCCUACUGAAUUCAACUCAAGAUACUGUAGAAUUGGCCAGAAGAAUUGAAAAAACUGGGGUUUCUGCUGUUGCUGUUCAUGGAAGAAAAGUUUCAGACAGACCAAGAGAUCCUGCAAACUGGAGUGAAAUUGCACAUGUUGUAGAUGCUCUUUCUAUUCCAGUCAUUGCAAAUGGCGAUGUAUUCCAAUAUCAAGAUUUUCACAACAUCCGAGCUGUUACAGGUGCUUCGUCUGUGAUGGUUGCUAGAGGUGCACUUUGGAAUGCUUCAAUUUUUAGUCCUCAAGAAACACCAUUUGAAGACGUGAAAAGAGAGUAUGUAAGGAAGAGCAUUUUAUGGGAUCAUGAUAUCAAAAGCACAAAGUUCACACUGAAAGAGAUGAUAAUGCAUUAUACUUCAUUGGAGCUUCCGGAAGGAAAAGCCGUGACAAAAUCAGAAAGUUUGGUUGAUAUCGCGCGGAUUUAUGGGGAAGAAAAGUAUUAUGAAUCUAUCAACACAAAGCGAAAUGGAGUUACUUUUGGUUCACUUAAUUCAAGAGAAUAUAGUUAGGGUGAGGUUCUUUAAGUAAAAUAUCUUAUAUUAACAUUCUUUAUUUGUAACCCAAAAUUUGCAUAUGCUAACAAGAUUCCAUUUGUGAAUUGUGAGGUUAUUUUGGUAUGAUACAGAAUUUGCAUAAAUUAAUUAAUGUGGUUUUAGGUUUUA